AGAGAAGAAAGGGUCACAUGAUCUCCACUGGGGAUGCAGAGUUCCCGUGUGAGUACCACACCCUGGGCCACGGCGGCACGCGCUGUUUCCCUCACAACAACAACAACAACGGCGGGCUGGCGCCAACCUCUGGGAACCGCCAACGCCACAACACCCUCGCUGCCAAGAGCCUGGAGGCCCUUAUGAACCUUCACAAGGCUGACAUAAAGCGCCAGCACGAAGCCUUUAUGGACCUCCAGAAAAAUCAGAAGUAUCCGGCCAGCCCCUGUAUGUCUCAGGGCCAGAGAUCACCUAACUUUGGCCGCCAACAGCAGGCCCGUACCCCCCGUGUGAUCCGACGCAACCCCGACCAGCCGGCUCUAGCUGACCAGGCCAGCAGGGUGUCCUUUGCCUCGGCUGAGAGUCUGGAAACCAUGUCUGAGGCCGACGUUCCCCUCGGGUUCAACCGCAUGAACCGCCUCCGCCAGAGCCUCCCCCUGGCACGCUCAUCCAGCCAGGCCAAGCUCCGUGCGCCAGGCAUUCUCUUCCUCCAGCUGGGCGAGGAGACGAGGCGGGUGCACCUGACCCACGAGCUGACCAGUCUGGAGACCCUGAGAGCCCUCAUUGUCCACAUGUUUCCCCAGAGGCUGACCAUGGCAAUGCUAAGGUGCCCCAGCACGGCCCUGCUGAUUAAGGAUGAGGCCCGCAACGUAUUCUAUGAGCUGGAGGACCCACGAGACGUACAGGACCGCUGUGUCAUCAAGAUCUACUGUAAGGAGCCUGUCUACGGCACCUACCCCGGACACCACAACCCACAUCUGGCCAACGGAGACCUAAGGAGGGAGAUGGUGUACACGCCCCAGCAAGAUUCUCCGUCCAACCGUCGCCUCAGCAAUGCCCCCGCCUCAUCCUCCGCCUCGACCCCCUCCAGCUCCCCGUCCCGCGUCCGUCUCCUCUACAGUGGCGGUGGCCGUCCAUCCUCCUAUGCCGGGCAACCUCACCUCCAGCAUCACCCCCACACCCACUCCCUCCCCCACCCCCACCACCUCUCGCCCGGGGGCCAGAUGGCGGCCCACCACCACCCACAGCAGCAUCACCCCCAGCAGCUCCAACCCCAGCACCACCAUCUCCAGCACCAUGCCCAGGCUAGCUUCUCCCCCAGUGCCAUCCUGGAGCGGAGGGACGUGAAGCCCGAUGAGGAGGUCCACGGUAUUGGCUCCAGAAGCAUGGUGCUCCUGCGGGGCGAUGGAGGGGGGAUCUAUGCCGACCCCUAUUCCCUGGGCCAGGAAGGGGGUCGGCUUAGUCUGGCUGGCCCCCACUCUCCCUACCCCCGAGGGGGGGAUCCCUAUGGCUCUCUCUACCGGCGAGGAGGAGGUGGUGGUGGAGGGUUGGGACCCGGCUCUGUGCGCUCCCUCACUUCCUACUCGGCGGCGGCUCUGCAGGGAGAGCUGAUGGACAGCGGCAUCCUAUACAGGCCUGGAGGCCCGCUGUAUAAUGAUGCUGCCUACGCCGCUUCCAUGUUGGCCAUGGGUUUCCGGGUGCCACCCCCUUCGUCCCCGCAGAAGAUCCCUGACAUGAGGGACUCGUAUUCGGGCACCUUGCCCGGCCGGGGCUCCCCUGGGAGGCAGACCCUGCGAAGGGACUCUGUGUCCUCCUCCGUGUUUGGGGAAAGUGCCAAAGCUAGGGGUCAGGGGUCAGGGUUGGGGUCAGAUCAGCUGUGUCUGAUGGCUGGACCUGGAGGGGAGGGCGGUGGUUUCAGUUCAGCACCAGGUUUUAGUUCACCUCUACUAGGCAACGAGACCGAGACCAGGGGGCGCAUGGAGGUCAUGGAGAAACAGAUAGCCAGUCUGACUGGUCUACUGCAGACAGUUCUGACCAGGGGACCAGAGGCAGAUAGCCUGGAUAAGAUCGAGACGUCCAGUGACUGCUCGGGAACAGACACUGGACGGUUAAAAAAAAAGAAAGCUCUGACGCCAUCGGCUCCGUUGGCCCUGAUGCCGCCCCCGCCCACAGGAUCCGCCCAGUCACUGACGGUGUCGCGGCUGCAGAUGCAGAACCACCUGCAUGGCCUGCAGCAGAACACCAGCAAGCUGCGCAUACAGCUGUCCCAGCUGCGCGACAUCCAGUUGGAGAACCAGGACUCAGUGCAGUCCCUGCUGAGGCAGACGGAGUCGGAGCUGAGCCUGAUGAUGCUGGAUGCCAUGCGGACCCAGGAGGACCCUCUGCAGAGGCAGCGUCUCUUAGUGGAGGAGGAGAGACUCAAGUACCUCAACCAGGAAGAGCUGCUCAUCCAGCAGCUGCAUGAUCUGGAGAAGUCAGUGGAGGAACUCCAGAGGAACUCGUCAGUCAACCAUGGCCUGGUGACAGAGAAGGACGUGGAGCAGAAGAGCAUGGAGCUCAGGUCUUUGGGAGAGACCCUCACAGAGCUCAAGAACCAGUUCCCCAGUCUGCAGAGUAAGAUGCGGGUGGUGUUGAGGGUGGAGGUGGAGGCUGUCAAGUUCCUGAAGGAGGAACCACACAGACUGGACACACUGCUGAAACGCUGUAACACCAUGACCGACACACUGACCACACUACGGAGAAAAGUGACCGAGGGCCUGUGGAAGGGCCAGGACGACAUCUGCAGCCAGUCAGCCAAGCAAACUGAAGACACAGGAAAGAACUCGGACCUCGACAUCCUGACCAGUCCACCGCUCAGCCUCAAUGACCUGGGUGGCAGUGCCAGCCUUUCCAACUGGAUGCCCAUAUCAGGCAGUGACCCGGACACCUCGGGGCCUGAGCAGGAUCCCCACCCUACAGCCAGCUACAGAAGCCGGGUCCUGGAUGAGCUGCCGAGCCGCCGCGGUGCUGACAAAUCAGUGUCCGUGGAGGUCAGACUGGCUGCAGAGCGGGACUGGGAGGAGAAGCGGGCCAGUCUGACCCAGUUCAGUGCCCAGGACAUCAACCGUCUGCUGGAGGAGACGCAAGCUGAGCUGAUGAAGGCCAUCCCAGACCUGGACUUCGCUGCCAGGCAGAUCAACAAGCCCGUGGUGCCCCCCAAACCCCACCCCAAACCUCAGUUUACCACCCCUGUCACUACCUCCACCAGCGCCUUCACCACCUCUAGUACCCUCACUACUACCAGUACUGAGCACCAGCCCAACAAGGUCCAGAUCACUGCCCUGAAGCUGGAUGGGGGCUCACGUCGCGGAUCUGCGGAGAUGACCGUAACCAGGUAUCGCACUGAGAAACCCUCUAAGUCGCCGCCUCCACCCCCUCCUCGCCGAAGCUUCCCAUCAGCCCAUGGGCUCACCACCAAUCGCACUGGAGAAGUGACCGUCACCACCAAGAAGAAGCUGGAGCCAGAAGACGGAGAGGCCCCGAAGACUCUAGUCAAGCUGAGAAGGACACCGUCUGACACGCCUCGCCCCGCCUCCACUCCCCCCGUCAUCGCCGCCUCAGCGAUUAAAGAUGAAGACUAUGACGAGCGGAUCAUUGCGGAACUAGAGAAUGCCAGCAACUCACCAGGGGCAUCCAAGGGACCUCAGUCGACUGUAGCGGCCAGACUGAAGCACCUCCAGCAGGGCAGCCUGGAGAGGCCCAAGACCAGGAAGCAGAGAGAGGACUUCCCCAAGAUCCAGGGCCAACAGCAGGACAAUGACCCAAAACACACCUCCAGGCUGUGUAAGGGCUAUUUGACCAGCUAUUCACGAUACAGCCCCCAAGAGCCACAGAUGUCCUGGUGUCCCUUGAGGCAAAGAUGA